GACCGGCGCUUGACAGAAGAGCGCCACAAACCCUGUUGUGUUGUGUGUAACAAAAAAAAAAGAUAAAUAAAAUGCGUUUUGAAGACACAUUGUUGCUCCGAAAAUGACUGAAAACUCGGUUUUAAUGCUGAAGGGCCUUCCGACAGCUUGGGACACAGUGACUGCUGCACUGGUAUCUCCAUCCACACCCCCUGUUCCUGACGAGGCAGUUUCUGAGGCACUGACCUUGCUGUGUACGAAAGGAUUGGGUCAGUAUGUGGAAGGUUGGUUGCUGGAGACACUGCAGGUUUCUCUGGUGUCCGAUGUGGCUCCGGAGUUCUGGCGCGGACUUCAGAAGCCGGAUGUAGAAUCGCAGGAACAAGACAGAGCCAAAGCACUUCUGGAAGUCUUUAGGACCCUGCUCCGACGGCUCCAGCCUUUCCUCUGUGGUCUUGAGCGACUCGGCUCGUGGCAAGACGAGGGUCGAGCAGGUCUAGUCGGACCCGGAGCACACGGUCUGCGAGAGAGAGCCUUCUCCACCAUUCGUGCCAUCCUCCUGUUUUCUCCACCUCCAGUGCUCCAGCAGCGCGUCCUCGAGUUCUAUAGCCGCACCUUUUCCGUGUACAUGAGCCAGAUCGGGGAGCAGGUCGAGCCUGACGAGGUGGCGGCAGAGAGUGAUGUGAACGGCACGUGCACGGGUUGCACCGCCACACCGCAGGUCUGCUGGUGCCAAGACGCUCUGCAGCAGCUGCAAGAGUUUAGUCAUAUACUCUCCAGACUGCAGCUGUUGGAAAGAGUAAGCUCUGAAGCAGUAACCAACAUUUUGCACCGCCUGAUCGAGCAGAGGAUGGAGCAACGCUGCAGAGGCGAAUAUGAAAGAUCCUUCCUGUCAGACUUCAAUGAUUGGUUGGAGCAGGUUCUCGGCUGGCUCAGCAGGGUCUUUGCGAGCGAGGUCGGCGAAGCCAGCACCAGCUCUUUGCUAACAGAUGGAAAGCUAGAUUAUGUUGGUUGUACCAUCCUCCAGCGCUGGCGCUGUCAUAUGCAGCAGUUCUUCUGCCGCAUCUACGUCAACAUGAGGAUUGAGGAGCUUUUCAGCAUCAUUCGAGAUUUCCCAGAAUCCACUCCUGCUGUUGAAGACCUGAAGUUCUGUCUGGAGCGGACCAAUCAAAGACAGCAGCUGCUCACCUCUCUCAAAUCUGCUUUUGAGACACGUCUGUUGCAUCCAGGAGUUCACACAUCUGACAUCAUAACCGUCUACAUCUCCGCUAUUAAAGCUUUACGGGAACUUGACCCCUCCAUGGUCAUCCUUCAGGUGGCCUGCCAACCCAUUCGCAAAUACCUAAGAACUCGCGAGGACACGGUGCGUCAGAUUGUGGCGAGUUUAACAGGCGACACUGAGGGCUGUAGUGAGUUAGCCAGCGAGCUCUCUCGGGCCGACCCUGUUACCCUGGAAACACAGGAUAGUGAGGAUGAGGAAAGUGAUCCUGAGGAGUGGACCCCUGACCCCACUGAUGCCCUCACAGAUAAAACAGGCUCCAAGCGGCGCUCCUCAGACAUCAUCAGUCUUCUGGUGAGCAUCUUUGGGAGUAAAGAGAUCUUCAUUGAUGAAUACAAAACUGUGCUGGCAGACAGGCUUCUGCACCAACUCAACUACAACACAGCCAGGGAGAUUCGGAACGUGGAGUUGCUGAAGCUGAGGUUUGGAGAGUCCCACAUGCACUACUGUGAGGUCAUGCUGAAGGACGUGGCGGAUUCCCGGCGGAUUAACACUAACAUUCACGAAGAGGAGGCUCGCCUGCCUGAGGAAGAGCAGCCUCCGGUUCCUCUGUCCGCCAUGAUCCUAUCCUCAGAGUUCUGGCCUAAGCUAAAAGAGGAGAAGCUGGAACUUCCUUCUGCCAUCUCCAAAUCCAUGGAGACUUACACACACCGCUUUGAAAAGCUCAAAGCUAUGAGGACUCUAAGCUGGAAACCUCACCUGGGUUCAGUAACUCUGGACAUAGAGCUGGAAGACCGCACUCUUACCAACCUCUCUGUGUCUCCUAUUCAUGCUGCUAUCAUCCUGCACUUCCAGGACAAGGGCACAUGGGCCCUGGAUGAGCUGAGUGGAGCUCUGGGCGUGCCCCAGGAGCUCUUGCGUAGAAAGCUAGCACUGUGGCAGCAGCACGGCGUUAUCCAGGAGGAGUCUACGGGCCGAUACAGCAUCCUCGAGAAGGCCUCGAGUCGGGAACGUCCUGACCAAGGCAUCAUGCUCAUCGACAGCGACGAGGAGGGAGACUCCAACACCACCACGCAGUCUGAGCAAAGGGAGGAGAAGCUGCAGUUGUUCUGGGCCUACAUUCAGGCCAUGCUGACCAAUCUGGAGAGCAUGACCCUGGAGAGGAUUCAUUCCAUGCUGCGCAUGUUCGUGGCUACAGGGCCCGGGGUCACCGAGAUGGACGUCAACGAGCUGCAGGCUUUCCUACAGAAAAAAGUGCGAGAUCACCAGCUGAUCGUCUCACUCGGAGUCUACAGACUGCCCAAAACUACUCAGUAGACAUGAACAGACAAAAUGCAGCUGGUUGGGUUUUUUGUUUUUUUACCAUAAAUAAUAAACUGCUGAAUUGUUUAUCA